AUGUUACAGUAUACAGUACCAUCAAGAUGUGCUUUGGAGUAUUUCAAUGUUCCAACAAGUAUGCAUACAAUCUUGUGUCUCAUCGAAGCUAUCUCGCUUAUUCUAACAAGUACUACUAAUCAUGGUAACGACUCUUUGUUUCUCAACAUUACGCUGCACAUUUGCGGUCAAGUGGAAGUUUUGAAAAUCAAAUUUAUCGAUUUUGAUGUUACGAGGCCGCAAGUUUAUAAACGUUUUCUCACACUAAUUAAAAGACACAGCUAUUUGUUAAGAUUGGCCAGAGAACUUGCUGAUACAAUUAGUUUUAUUUUAUUAAUUCAAUUAUCUAUUAUCAGUUUACAAUUAUGCAUAGUAGGUUUUCAAUUUAUUCUAGCAUUGAAAGACAACGACACUGCUAUGGCAGUUAAAAGUAUAAUGGUGCAAAGUGCUUUUCUGUCACAAUUAACGUUAUAUAGUUUUGUCGGGGAUUAUCUAAAAUCUCAGAUGGAAGAAGUAGGACUUUGUGUUUAUCAAAACACCUGGUAUGAUUUUCCCACAAAAUUGACAAGAAACUUAUUUUUUGUCAUUAUGCGAUCAGAAUCUCCCGUCACAUUGCGAGCUGGACAUUUUAUUGUGGUAAAUUUAUCAACCUACAUGAGCAUCCUAAAAGCUUCUAUUACGUAUCUGUCUGUUCUUCGAGUAAUGGUAGAAACAUAA